AUGUGUCAGUCUAUGUCUCAUGGUCACAAAUCCUCGUCAAUGGGGUAUGCAAACAUGGAGAAGAAAUGGGUAUUCUCAUUUGUGAUCACAUCUCUUGUUUGCGUUGUCCUCAUCGCAACUUCCUUCAACAUGGGUCUAAUAACUUCACUUCGACCACCAAUCAAUGAGACUAUCCCACAUUUCCCAACAAAUGAUCCCAAAGUUGAAGAAGAGGACAAGCUUCCGCGCUUCGCUUACCUUGUUUCAGGAUCUAAAGGAGAUCUUGAAAGACUUUGGAGAACUCUUAGAGCUUUGUACCAUCCAAGAAACCAAUACAUUGUCCACAUGGAUCUUGAAUCACCCCUUGACGAGAGACUAGAGUUGGCUUCUCGUAUCAAUAAUGAUUCUAUGUAUUCUAAGAUUGGGAAUGUCUAUAUGAUAUCCAAAGCUAAUCUUGUGACCUAUAUGGGACCAACAAUGGUGGCUAAUACCCUUCAUGCUUGCGCCAUUCUUCUUAAGAGAAGUCCUGAUUGGGAUUGGUUUAUUAAUCUCAGUGCUUCAGAUUAUCCACUUGUGACUCAAGAUGAUAUGUUGUAUACGUUUUCAACUUUGGACCGCAACCUUAACUUUAUCGACCACACAAGUGACUUAGGUUGGAAAAAUGAAAAACGGGCAAUGCCAUUAAUAAUUGAUCCUGGACUCUACAUGCUAAACAAAUCAGAUAUUCUCUGGGUUAGGCCUGGUCGAAGUUUACCAACUGCAUUUAAGUUACAUACCGGAUCAGCUUGGAUGGCUCUCUCACGCUCAUUCGUGGAGUAUAUCAUUUGGGGUUGGGACAACUUACCAAGAACAUUACUCAUGUAUUACACAAACUUUGUUUCUUCUCCUGAAGGUUACUUCCACACAGUCAUAUGUAACGCGCCUGAGUUCUCCAAAACCGCGGUGAACCAUGACCUUCACUACAUCGCGUGGGACAAACCACCGAGGCAGCAUCCUCGCACGUUGUCCUUAGGAGACAUGGAACCAAUGAUUGCGAGCGGUGCUGUUUUUGCUCGAAAAUUCAGUAGAGAUGACAGUGCUUUGGAUAAGAUCGAUAAGGAACUGCUUAUGCGGACUAACAAAGAUGGUUUCACUCCUGGUGGGUGGUGCGGUGGGAAACAGGAGUGUUCGGUUGUGGAAGACGUGGCUAGGAUCAGACCUGGUGCAGGGGCUGAUAGGAUCAAGGGGCUAAUAGAUAGGUUAGUUUCUGAAGCUAAAUCAGGACAAAAUCAGUGUGCGUAG